AUGAAGUUUGGCAAGACAUUGCUUCGCAAUCAGUUACCAGAAUGGUCCAAGAACUAUAUUUCUUAUAAGGCGUUGAAGAAGUCUAUCAAUGAGGCUGCUGGUGAGCUGCCACCUUCUGAGGAAGUUAUUACAGCCAUCUUGUUUCAACUGGAUCGUGAGCUUGAGAAGGUGGAUACAUUCUACAGCUACAAGAAGAGCCAAGUGGAUCGUCGUCUAUGGAUCUUGUCAGAGAAGUACAAUCAACAUUACAACCCACCUGAACCAUUAUCCCCAUCACCCGAGCGAGAGCCCUAUGUGGAUAUCAAUGAGGAACUACUGAGCGCCUUGCAGGAGACUCGUGCACAAAUGAACAAGGUCAUGUGGUUUGCCGAAUUGAACGCCAAAGGAUUUCGAAAGAUAUUGAAAAAAUUGGACAAGAAACUGGGCCUUGAGUCACAGAACGUUUACUGGAAUACAAAGGUGUCAGUGCUCCCAUUUGCAUCCCAAGGCCAAAUCCAUCAAGAGAUUGACAAGUUGACCCAAUGGAUCUCGACCUUGACUUUAUCCACAUCUGUGACGGAUUCCACCCAUGGCAAGGCAGCAAACAAGGGUCAACCAGCAUCGGUGGCUGUCAAGCUUCCUUUACCAUCAACAAUGCGACGUCAUAACAACAUUCUCAACGAGGAGGAGAACGAUUUGUUUUCGGAGGCUAUUGAGGAUGACGAUUUGUUUAAGCUCAAAGAGCUCCUGAAUUGUGGUUCACUUGCCGCUGUCAAAUGCAAAUCUCAUGCUGAUCAGACACGUUAUGCUCUUUUGGAAUUGGCAACACAAAGAGGAUCCAUCCAUUGUCUCGAAUACUUGAUUCAAUCCGGUGUCAGCCCACUCGAUCACCGCGAUAUCAAUGAACGCAACAUCCUUCACAAGUUGUCCAUCUUGCUAUCCGAUGCUCGUCCUGAACAUUCUCCUUCCAAGGUUCUUCAAACUUUGUUGCAUCUUUCCCCUGAAUUGCCAAAGCAAGUGGAUUUUGCCGGUCGUCGUCCUUUGCAUUAUGCAUGCGAAUUUGGUCAAUCUGAAAUGGCAAAGGUGCUAUUACGACAUGCAAUGGAGUAUUCGUAUUACGGUGACGAUGGCUUUGCUGACCCAAGAUGGCAAGAUCGUGAUGGUCAUACUCCACUAUUCCUUUCUAUCCUGCAUGGCAACUUUCAAACUUUAAGCGCCCUGGUUGAAACUGCAAACAUUACAGACAUUGAUGGAGUUAUUGCAGCUGCAUCAGUCAAACAUACGAAUGGAAACACGGGGUCAAACGAUGAUGUUCCAGUCCCUGAAUUUGCACGUCAAUCCCACCAUCCUUCAGCAGUCGCAAUGGCUUGCACGUUAUCCAAUUUGGAAUUGUUGUAUCUCCUCAUUGAUACAGGCGCGUCAGUGGAUCUUGCCGAUGAGGAUGGAGAGACCCCUUUGUUGAUUGCUAUCAGGAACCAGUUUACUGAAGGUGCUCGUGUUCUCAUCACACAAGGUCAUGCAAAUGUCAACCUUCCUGAAAAGGUGAAUGGAUGGACACCAUUGAUUGUAGCAGCAAUGGAAGGGUCUUAUGACAUUGCCCAAAUCCUUCUCGAACAUGGUGCUGAUAUGUCUUAUACGGACUAUGCUGGUUGGGCUGCAUAUGAACACGCCGUAUUUCGAGGUCACCUGGACAUUGGCAAGUUGAUCAAGCCAAAAGAUAUUCCUCGCAAGCUUGCAAGCCCAACUCAUGUCAAUGGAAAUGGCACCGAAGCCAAUGGUCAUCAUAUUCUCAAGGCACGCUCAAGCGCAAGUCGAUUGUAUGGUCACAAGUAUUUGACAGACCAAACCAUGAUCAUUAUCAAGUUGGGAUCCAAUGACAUCCGCAAUCCAUUGUCCAAGAACUUUUUGAAUCUUCAUGAUAACAGCCUUGAGGAUCAACGCAUGUCGAUUGCCGUAUCAGCCACUGGUGCCACUGGAGAACUUCCAAUCCUUGAUUUGCCCGAGAACAAUCAACAAUACCUAUUACAGCCUGAUCCCAUGGUGCUAUUCUGUUCCAGACCUGAAGAUGUGGUCUUACGUUUCGAUUUGGUGGAAACAUUUGCCUCACCUCAAGCGUCGGAUGCCAUUAUUGCUCGUGGCACUGCUAUCAUGGCAACUGAUCAAAUUUAUACAAAGUCAGGCGGCUUCAAGGGUCAAACAGCUGGCAACUUUUCGCUUCGUGGACAACAAACCGUACCCUUGAUUCGUACCAAGACCUUGGAAUACGUGGGCACUAUUGGAUUUGAAUACUUUGUUAUCAAGCCAUUCACUCACCCAAGAAUGUCGGUUGGUGAUCGUUACACUUAUUACAAAUCGGUGGAUACAAAGAUCAUUGGUCAUCGUGGCUCUGGUAUGAAUCGAAAGAAUUCACAUCUUCAAGUUGGAGAGAAUACAGUGCUUUCUUUUAUUACUGCCGCAUCUUUGGGAGCUGAGUAUGUGGAAUUUGAUGUGCAGCUUACAAAGGACAUGGUGCCUGUCAUCUAUCACGAUUGGACCGUUACAGAAACCGGAUUUGAUAUCCCCUUGAACGCAAUUACAGUGGAACAAUUCUUGAACCUUAGACCAUCAGGACACAUCAAGGAGUAUCACACGGGUGUCAGUAAUGGGCCACAUGGAUUGCUUUUCCCCACAAUCAACAACACACAACCUGAACCUGUAUAUCCCCUUGUCAAUGGCAAUUCAGCAGCUUUGUCACCCACUGGUGCUCGUAUGGGUCGUUCGAACUCCUUAGGCGCUAUUGGCGGUGUUCAGAUGUAUGGUCGUAACGUGGCAUCCAAGCGAUUAGAAUUGACUCGCACCAACAAGCUGGGUAAGCUCAAGGGAAAUGGCCCUGAAAGCAUUCAAGCACCAUUUACAACUUUGGUUGAGGCUUUGAAGAAAAUCCCAAAGUCUGCUGGUUGCAACAUUGAAGUGAAAUACCCUAUGGUGGACGAAGCUGAAGGGGAUGAGCUCUACCAAUUCCAGGAAAUCAACAUGUUCGUCGAUACAAUCCUCAGCUGCGUUUACGAUAACACCGAGGAGGAUCGUCGCAUCAUCUUUUCUUCUUUCCAUCCUGAGAUUUGCCUCGCACUUAACAUCAAGCAACCCAACUACCCAGUCUUUUUCCUCAGUGACGCUGGUACCUUACCCAUGGCUGAUGUUCGCUGCAACUCCCUUCAAGGUGCCAUGCGAUUCGCAAAACAAGCCGAUCUCUUGGGUGUUGUUCUAGCAAGUGAACCUAUCCUGGAAGCUCCACGUAUGGUCAAUGUUGUCAAGGAAUCUGGAUUGCUCCUUUUCACGUAUGGUGUCCUCAACAAUGAAGUGGAAAAUGCUGUGGCUCAACGCAAUUAUGGUGUGGAUGCGGUUAUUGUGGACUCUGUUGUGGCUGUCAGAAAAGGAUUGAGAGGUGGCGAUGCCCAAACAACUACUUAG